UAGAUGUAGAAACCAUAGACCUGAUGACGUGUAUUCUUUAGAGUAGUUUUCACUGUUUUCAAGAUGAAAAUUCAGGUGUUGAUAUGUGUUUUCUCUAUUUUUCUUGCGAAAAUAAACGCACAGGGAAGAACAUUAGUUCUUCUCGAUAACCAGGUCAUUCGCGAAACACAUUCCAUAUUUUUUAGAUCGUUACAAGAACGAGGAUAUAGCUUAACUUUCAAAGUAGCUGAUGAUUCUACUUUAGUACUCUCUAAAUAUGGCGAGUCUUUGUAUGAUAACUUGAUUGUCUUUGCACCUUCCGUGGAAGAAUUUGGAGGAUCGUUAAAUGUAGACACUUUGACUCAGUUUAUUGAUGAGGGUGGAAAUAUUUUGAUUGCUGGUAGUAGCAUCACUGGUGAUGUGUUGAGAGAAUUAGCAUCAGAAUGUGGCUUCGAAGUCGACGAAGAAGGAGCAUAUGUCAUUGAUCAUUUGAAUUAUGAUAUAACCGAUGAGGGAGAACAUACUAAAUUGGUCAUAGGCAAUGAAAAUCUUAUCGAUUCUAAAGUUAUUUUCGGGCAAGCUAGAUCUAAUAUUGCACCUUUGAUUUACGAAGGCACAGGUCUGUUGGCUGAUACUGAGAAUCCACUUGUUCUCUCAUUGGUUUCUGGUCACAGUACUUCUUAUAGUUAUAUACCUGGACAAAAAAUUAAAGAGUAUCCUCAUGCUGUUGGAAAAGAUACCCUCUUGAUUGCUGGUCUUCAAGCAAGAAAUAAUGCCCGUGUUGUAUUUAGUGGAUCAUUAUCUUUCUUCUCUGAUGAAUUCUUCACUUCUUCUGUACAGAAGGCCAUGGAUGGAAAGAAAUAUGAGAAAUCUGGAAAUCAAGAUGUUGCUAUUGCCUUAAGUCAAUGGGUUUUCAAAGAACAUGGCCAACUGAGGGUAAAAUCUGUAAAUCAUCAUAAAGCUGGGGAAAGUAAACCUCCUGCAGAUUACACCAUAAUGGAUGAUGCUGUGUACAAUAUUGAAAUUGAAAUCUUGAAUAAGGGUAAAUGGGAACCUUUUGUUGCCAACGAUAUUCAAUUGGAAUUUGUGAGAAUCGACCCAUUCGUCAGGACUACGCUGAAGAAAACACACAAUGGCAACUAUCAAGCCAAAUUCAAAAUACCUGAUGUCUAUGGGGUGUAUCAAUUCAAAGUCGAUUAUGACAGGAUUGGAUAUACACGACUUUUCAGUACAACACAAGUUUCUGUGAGGCCGUUGCAGCACACCCAAUAUGAAAGAUUCAUAUUUAGUGCUUAUCCAUAUUAUACUGGCGCCUUCUCGAUGAUGAUUGGUGUGUUUUUGUUUUCUUUUGUGUUUUUGCAUUUCAAAGAUGAUGAUAAAAAAUCAAAGAGUGAUUAGUGUUAUUUUAAGUGAAUUUUUUAUUUAAUAAAAUAAUACACUACA